AUUCACAUUGGAGUCGAUCUCGUUCUUCUAACACUAUUAGUUGCAAUUUUUGAGUAUUAGACGUACGGGCACGAUAUGGAAAAAUAAUAAAUCUCUAUUUUAUUUAAGCAUGGUCAUGACGGUGGUAUAACGUUCUGACUAUUUAUAAUUUGUUAUAUUAUCUUGUACUUGAACGGUGUUUUGGUUUGCUGACUAAUUAAAAUACAAGACUUGGUGGUCACAAGACCCUUGACGUGGGUGGGUUCAGGAAAUCCAGCCCUCUGUUAGAGCUUGGUCGAGUUGGAAGUUGGAGGCAUGCUGGAAAUGUAGACGCAGGCGCUGCAAGAGAAGAGACGUAAAGUGGAAUUCAGUGAAACUCAUCGGAAAAACGUCGUCUCACACAUGGCUGUAUGCUGGUUUUCUGCGCUCACAUCAGUUAAAGAUAAACGCGCAUUCAUAUCUCUAACUCCUAGCAAGUCAAUUUGUUAGACCUCUUUCUACUCAAAACGGCACAAAAAGACCAGCACAUUGAUAUAUUAGCUCACGCAGAAAGCAAAGAAGACUUGGAAACCAAGCCAAAAGCACUGUUAUGCUGAAAGGCAGCGGAAGUCGUCCCCUGGUGAGUGCGCAUCGUGCGCAUGUCCGAUGCCUUGACGCUGCGCUCUCGGGCUCACGGUCCGCUCCGUCCGCUCCGCUGUUUUGAGGGAGAAGCGUUUAUUGCUGAGCAACGGGAAGGCCGUCGCACUGAACUGCACCAACACAGGGCUGGGCUCAGGGCUCACGCAGCAGCUACAGCACACCAAGAGGGAUGGCCUAGCAGUCUGGCGUUCCUUGUGAUCUAUCAACAGUGAGCCUGGACCAGAGGUGUGUAAAGGCGUGGACCGGUCUCAGCAGAGAGCCAAGAUGAGUGUGACCUCCUGGUUCCUGGUGAGCAGUGGGGGCACACGUCACAGACUGCCCCGGGAGAUGAUCUUUGUGGGUCGAGAUGACUGCGAACUCAUGCUACAGUCCCGCAGUGUGGACAAACAGCAUGCAGUCAUCAACUAUGAGCCUGGAACUGACGAGCACAAGGUCAAAGAUCUGGGCAGUCUGAAUGGGACGUUUGUAAACGAUGUCCGCAUUCAGGAGCAGAUGUACAUUACUCUAAAGUUGGAGGACAAGCUGAGGUUUGGUUAUGAUACCAACUUAUUCACGGUUGUGCAAGGGGAACUCACCGUGCCAGAGGAAGCACUUAAGCACGAGAAGUUUACCAGUGGACUUCAGCUCAGCAAAAAGCCCAAUAGUGAUACCACUGCAACAACCACAACAGUCAAAUCUCCUGUUAAGUCUCCCUCUAAGGCACUUAAGUCUCCCAGUAGCAGCACCCAGAGGCCACUUGAUGGGGCCACUUCCUUUAAAGAGCCAUCAGCAAAACCAGCAGAUGCCCAGAAACCAGAGGACAAGACAGGAGGGGAUCUUGCCGCUUUGCAUCGUGGGACACCACUGUAUGGACAACCAUCUUGGUGGGGGGAUGGAGAUGCAGAUGAUGAAAACUCUUUCAAACAAGAAACAAAAUCCUCCAGUAAAAAACAUGACAGCUCAGUCUCAGACAGCAAAGAGGCACAUCAAAGGGAGAAGACUAAAGAGGACAGUCUACAUGCAUCCACUGGGCACAACUCCAGCCUCUUUGAUAUUCCCACCAAGGAGAAUCACAUGGCCAAUAAUGGCAUCCAUGAAAUUCCCACUAAGGACACUGAAGGACCCACUCAAACCACUACAGCUCAAGGGCAUGCCUCCUUCACCAUAGAGUUUGACAACACCUCACCAGGAAAAGUCACCAUCAAAGACCAUGUGUCCAAGUUUACAUCUGACCACCACCGAUCACGGUCCAAAAAGAGCGGACCAGGAAGUGGAGGGGCAAGUGCAAGAGAUCUGAGCACACUCCAGGCUGCUAUGAUUGCAUCUGAGAGCAAGGUGGCAGAUUGGUUGGCACAGAAUGACCCCACGCUCAUGCGCAGUGAAUCUACAGAGGAGGAAAGCAAGAGCAUCAAGAGUGAUGUACCCGUGCAUCUUAAAAGGUUAAAAGGCAGCAAGCAUGAGGACGGUACCCAAAGUGACUCUGAAAAUGGACUUGGCCUGCGUUUUGCUAGCCGUCGCCAUGCACUGGAAGAAAGGCUAAAAGCUGCUCACAGCCAAUCCGGAGCAGGGGGAACAGGAAGUUUGAAUGUUUGCGGAUCUCGGACAUCUGGGACCCGCACUGCUUUUAUGAUCGAGUUAUAUGAUGAGGAAAACCCUCGAAAGAGACGGUCCUAUUCUUUUUCCCAAACUGCACCUCUUUUAGCAGGAGGGCCAGGUGCAGAGGGUCUUUAUCCACACCCCCCUGCUCAUCCAAAGGUGUUCAGCAUAUCCACCUCGGCAACAACAGCCUCAGAUGCAGGUAAAGUCCCUGCUCCAAUUCCAGCAACAGUGACAGCGGGUGCACCCAAUGCUGCACGUGUCCUUCUCAAGCAAAGGUCAGAAGAUCCAAGUAUCAAGAGUACAGCCAGCACCGGGCUAGCAACAGGGAGCCCCACUAGCCCCAGUGAAGACACCUCCACUGCAGGCAGAGAAGCAGAGACCACUGGGGCAGCUGACGAUGACCACAGUGAUAAGGGGACAUACACUAUUGAGCUGGAAAACAAGAACCCAGAAGAGGAAGAGGCCAGGCGCAUGAUAGAUAAGGUGUUUGGUGUGCAGCAGGACCAGAGCUCCAGUACUCAGCAAGAAGCCCAGGAAGGCAAAGAAACAGCCAAAACCACAAAGGAGGCUGCAGCAGACGACUCAAGCUGGGUCUCUCAAUGGGCCAGCUUGGCCGCCAAUCACACCAGAACUGAUCCUGAGGGCUCAGGAGCAGAGACCGGAACCUAUUUGCAUAAAGAAAGAGGAGCAGAUGCAACUGAGUCAGGGGCACCAUUCAGCAAAGAUGAAUCCUCCAACAGCUCGAAUGACAAGCGCAGAACACUUCCCCAGCUUCCUGUGGAUGACCUGUUGAGCAGAUCCAAAGUGGGAGUGAGGUCUGAAAUUGGGGAGAAACAGGACAUUGAGCCCCCCGAAAAGGGGAACAAAGGAGAGUAUCCCAUGGAGAAUGGAGAGGUGGUCAGUAAAAGUAAACAAGGCUCAAUGUCCUCUCCAUCCAAAGCUCACACACGCAGCUCCAGCAGCACAGAGAGGAGGAUACGGUCCGCAGAGAGGAAAGGGGGUGGGGCUGAAACAGGAAAGGCUCUUGUGCGCCAGGGAAGCUUCACUAUAGAGAAGCCCAGUGGCACCGUGCCCACGGAGCUCAUCCCGCGAAUCAACAGAGGUGCUGUUGGACGAGACCGCAGUGACUCUGUGGGCAGCAUGGACACUGCCACGCUCCUGAAGGACACAGAGGCUGUAAUGGCAUUUUUAGAGGCCAAACUAAGAGACGAAAAUAAAACAGACCAGAAAAACACUAAAAGUGGAAAGAGCGUCCAGGGAUUAGGCCCAGGCUUACCCAAACGCACAGACUCUCUGUCUCCUGAGUCAGAUGUGGACACAGCCAGUACUGCCAGUCAUGUGGCAGGAGAGGGUGAACGGAGGACGGGAACGGGUGGUGUGCAAAAGCGUCGCUCUCUCAGCAGUAUGCACAGAGAGAAGAGUAACAUGAGUACGUCCUCCAGGACCAGUGUCACUAAUGCCAGUGCCCGGGAACGCCUAGAGAAAAAGACAAAAACCAGACCAGUGGAUACAUCUACACGACGGUCUGUCCAGCCAUCCCCUGCCUCCAAAGCUCGCCAGCCCUCUUUAGACCUCACCGAUGAUGAUCAGACAUCCUCAUUCCCUAUCUCCGAUAUUCUCUCCUCAGACCAGGAGACUUAUUCUGGCCCUAGCUUUGGACACUCAUUACACAGACGUGGGCAGACAGAGGACAGUGUCUGUAAACUUGAUACCAAAUCCAGUAAAACUCCUAUAGGCAGUUCUUCAAAAGCAAGUCGCAGUGUGCCAGGAGCUCCAACUUCUGCUGUGAACAAGCAGGGCUCACUGCCUCAGCCUCGGCCCACGAGAGCCUCCCUGCUCCGUCGUGCCCGGUUGGGGGACACAUCAGACACAGACCUGGCUGAUGCAGACAGAGUGUCCGUAGCAUCUGAGGUGUCCACUACCAGCUCCACCUCCAAACCUCCCUCUGGUCGAAAGGGGCUGUCUCGGCUGGACAUGUUGGCGCAGCCUCGAAGGAAUCGUGUGGGCUCCAUUUCGGCCCGCAGUGACUCUGAAUGUACGGUAGCCCGAAACAGUGCCUCUUCACCGCGAAUGACCAAUGAGACUGCCCUGCGCCUGGGUUUACGCUCUUCAACACCCACAGAAAAUAAGUUAACACCCAGAAUGAGAGCCAACAGUGUGUCCAAAUUGAAUGAGACCAAGACUAAACCAAUUACAGCUGGAUACUGUUCACCCACAGAAAGCUUUCAGCCCAGUCAUGAGGGCUGGACUGCAGAAGAGGAAGUGCUGGUGGCCAGCAGCAGUCGAUGGAGGCGCUUACCUCCAGAAUAUGGCUCCACGUCAGAAGAAGAGUUUGGCUCGUCCAGAAAUUCUCCUAAACAUGGAGGACGCUCACAUGUACGCCCCCAUCACCUGGUGUCACAUCGCAGCACAAAACUCAGCACUGCAAGUCCAGUGUCCAGUAUGGUGACAGGGUCAAGUGGAGUGAUGAAACAUCGCAUGAAAGAGCAAGAAGAAUACAUUAAGGACUGGACGGCACACAGUGAAGAGAUAGCCAGGUUGUUCCCCUGUGUACGCAGGAUCAGCCAGGACCUGGCUAAGGACCUGGCCAUUUUAGCUCGUGAGAUCCAUGACGUUGCGGGUGAGAUCGAUUCUGUCAGUUCCUCUGGCACUGCCCCCAGCACCACAGUGAGCACAGCUGCCACUACACCAGGAUCUGCCAUCGACACUAGAGAAGAGGUAGGCUCUGCACGCCCUACGCAGCUGGACAUACAGGAGAGCAUGAAACAGUUGGUUGAUCGUGUGUUUGAUGAGAGCCUUAACUUCAGGAAGAUUCCUCCUGUUAUCUCAACUAAUAAACCUCCAGAGAUCAAUGGGAAGCCUGUAGAGCACCGGCCCCGGGCUCCUGACAGUCUAGAACCACGGGCUUUACGAAGGCGCACCUGGAACCGAGAGGAUGCAAUUUUGGACAGUUUGCUCAUUACAUCAGUUUCUCAACUUUCCACCAAAAUCAGACAAUCUGUUGACAAAACAGCUGGAAAGAUCAGGAUAUUGUUCAAAGAUAAAGACAGAAACUGGGAAGAAAUCGAGAGUAAAUUGAAGUCGGAAAGUGAAGUACCAGUCCUGAAAUCCUCAAAUAAGGAGUUUUCUGCCAUUCUGCUUGAACUUAAGAGAGUUGAGAAGCAGCUUCAAGUUAUCAAUGUGAUGGUAGAUCCAGAUGGGACUCUUGAUGCUCUGGCAAGUCUUGGAUUGACCAGCCCCACAACCCCAACCAAGCCACUGAGUGUCAAAACACCCACCUCCUCCACCAUCGGCCCUGGACCCCAGCCGCCCGCCAAAGAAACUUUGCCUGAAAUACUUCCAGGGCCAGGGACAAUGACCACCUCCACCAGAGUUAAGGGUUCUUCUGCUAACUGUGAGGAAACAGGUUUGAGCCUGGGAUUAACAGGUGUUGGUGCGCUGCCAUUCAGUCGUAUGCGGCCAAAUGGCGAAGAGGCCAUUGCACAGAAGUAAAAAUACAAAAUGGGACUACAUGGUUUAUUCAGAAGUAGUUAAACAACUAAACUGAAGUAUCCACAUCCAAUUCCUUUUAAUGUGUGUAGCCUAUAAUGUAGCCAAGCGUUAAUGCCAGAUUGAUUUGCCAUUCAUUUCUGCUUGCCUUUAAUUCGUAGGUAAUGGCUGCAACUAUUGAAUCCAUGCACUCUUCACUAAUGAUAAUUACUUUUGGACUUACCACUACCCUCAGUUUUGUUUUGUUUUUCCUUGUAUAUUUUGGUCAACUGUAUUAUCUUUUCUUGCCUUUUCAGAGUGUCUGGACCCUUUCUUUGAAUGACAUGCCUUAAACUAGUUUUUGGCUUAUGGCUUUUCCACUUCCCUUUACAUUAUAUAGUAGUGUAUAACAAAGAAUGUCAGAGAAAAACAACGAUUUAAAACAUUACAACAGUUUAAGGUUCAUGUUUCAUGCAGAGUCUACUUGCCUAUGGCAUAAAAGCCUUAACACACAUUCUGACGUUUUUAUUUUUUUAACAUUUUGUGGCCUACAGCUCUCAACUUGGUCCUGUUAAAAUAUGACUAUGCCUCCUUAAACUGUGUUUUUUUUUUUAUCCUGAAGGUUUCUUUGUGUCUAAUGUUUUAAGUGCAUUAUCCAUUAUGGCAACUACUUUUAACUGUCAGAAAAAAACACCAAAGCAUUGUGCUUAAUGUUACAGUUGAACUGCAUCAAAAAUCAUUUGGGCCUCAUACACUUUCAAAACCACUUGUCUACAGUUUUCAUUAUAUCAGAUGAAGGGUAUUCACCCCAAUUAUUAUAUAUUUUUUUGGUUAUUUGAAUUACAGUUAACACCUCUCAAUGCUGCUUCUUCAUGUCUUCUUUUGACAAACUAUUUUCUAUACCCCUCAACCUAGUUAUUGUUCUAGACUUAAAUUUGUAUAGUUAGAUGCUACAGUAGUAAAUUGGUACCCUGGUAUGUUAACCUUCCCCCCCAAGUGUACUGUACAAGUUUUUUUUUUUCCUCAAUGCCUCUAAGUGCCAAGAUAUUGACAAAAGGGCAUUGGUAAAUAUUUUUAAACUUAUUUGCACUUUUUUUUUUUACAUGUCUGGGUAGCCAUGUUAAAUGUUUUCUCUGGUUGAUAUCAGCUUAUUAGAUCUAUUUUAAUUACAGAAAAGAGUAAAUUGGAGAACUGUGAAUACAAGGUACAUUUGUCUCACCUAUUCAGUGUUGUUUUGUCAUUUUGUAACAAUUUUUAAAAAUAUAUUUUAUUUAUUUUUGUUUAAUAUUUGAUGUAUGUCUUAUGUAUUUUAUAUUGUUAACCUUCAGCAUUGUUUCUUACUGUUAAUAAAACAGAGUCAUUCA